AUGUCAGCUGAAAAGCGCCCGGCGGACGACGAUCCCGGAUUGUCCAAGGUCUUGGUGAAGAGACAGAAUGUCAAUGCCUCCGAAGGAGCGCUUGCUCGACUCAAUGCAUCAAGCAGUGCAUUGGUGCAGACUGCUCCUCGGACGAGCGCGCUCCAGGCCCCGGUAAUGGAGCUGACGGGACACUCUGGGGAUAUUUUCACUGCCAAGUUUGAUCCUACGGGCAACCUGAUUGCUUCUGGAUCAAUGGAUAGAAGUAUCAUGCUCUGGAGGACUUACGGCGACUGCGAAAACUACGGCGUGCUGAACGGCCACAAGGGAGCUGUUCUAGACUUGCAAUGGGCGAGAGACUCGGAGAUUCUAUAUUCUGCUUCGGCUGAUAUGCAUCUUGCCAGCUGGGACCUCACCUCUGGAACGCGAAUACGAAGAUACGUCGGACAUGAGGAGAUUAUCAAUACCUUGGAUAUUAGCAAGCGAGGCGAGGAGAUGUUGAUUAGCGGAAGCGACGAUUCGACCAUUGGAAUUUGGGAUCCAAGAUCAAAAAAUGCGGUCGACUACAUCCAGACCGAAUUUCCCAUCACAGCUGUUGCGAUAUCCCAAGCCGGCAACGAGAUAUACACGGGAGGCAUCGAUAACGACAUUCGUGUAUGGGAUUUGAGAAAGAAGGCAGUGGUGUAUUCUUUGCUCGGCCACACAGACACCGUCACGUCGCUGCGAGUAUCGCCCGACUCCCAAUCUCUGCUGUCAUACUCGAUGGACACAACAGUGAGAACUUGGGAUAUCCGUCCGUUCGCACCGACGGAACGGCAUAUUCGAACGUUUGACGGAGCGACCGCUGGAAUGGAACAGAAUCUGGCGCGUGCCAGUUGGGAUUCAGAGGGCAAGAAGGUUGCAGCGGCUUCAGGCGACGGCACAGUGGUGAUUUGGUCUGUCCAGACCGGAAAGCUGUUGUAUAAACUCCCGGGCCAUAGGGGCGCAGUCAACUGCGCAGAGUUUGCGCCCGGCAAGGAACCCAUCCGUGAGUUGGCAUCAGACUUGUGCUUUUCCUUGUGA